CAAACAUCCCUAUAAAUACUAUCAUUUACAUACAUUCAUGAAAUCCUACUUUAGAUUAAUUUCUAGAUAAUCAAGAUGGGUAGUUUUAUUUUCUCUUUUAUUUUAGUAUUUGGGUUUUUAUCUUUAGUAUCAGCAACUAUUGUAAAUCAUGAUGGAAGAGCAGUCACCAUCGAUGGACAGAGACGAAUUUUGAUAGCUGGUGCAAUCCAUUACCCUCGCAGCACUGCAGAGAUGUGGCCAGAUUUGAUUCAGAAAGCGAAGGACGGUGGAAUCGAUACAAUUGAAACAUAUGUUUUUUGGAAUUUCCAUGAACCACAGCGUCGCGAGUAUGAUUUCAAUGGAGAUAAGGAUAUCAUCAGAUUUCUUAAGACAAUACAGGAUGCAGGAUUAUACGCAAUUCUUCGAAUUGGACCAUAUGCAUGUGCUGAAUGGAAUUAUGGUGGAUUUCCAGUUUGGCUGCAUAGUUUGCCUGGGAUAGAGUUGAGAACUGACAAUGAAAUAUUCAAGAAUGAAAUGCAAAAUUUCACAACAUUAAUAGUGAAUAUGGUUAAGGAAGCAAAGCUCUUGGCCUCACAGGGUGGCCCAAUUAUUCUCACUCAGAUUGAAAAUGAAUAUGGUAAUGUUAUGUGGGCAUAUGGAGCCAAAGGUAAAAACUAUCUUCAAUGGUGUGUGAAUUUGGCCAAUUCCCUUAACGUCGACAUUCCUUGGAUCAUGUGUCAGCAAGGAAAUGCGCCGCAGCCAAUGAUUAAUACAUGCAAUGGAUAUUACUGUGAUGCUUUUACCCCAAAUAACCCUAGCAGUCCAAAGAUUUGGACUGAGAAUUGGAUUGGCUGGUUUAAAUCAUGGGGUGAGAGGGACCCACAUAGAAGAGCUGAAGAUGUGGCAUUUGCAGUUGCUCGUUUCUACCAAAGAGGUGGUACUAUCCAAAAUUAUUACAUGUACCAUGGAGGGACCAAUUUUGGCCGUACAACAGGCGGUCCAUACAUCGCAACAUCUUAUGAUUACGAUGGUUUCCUUGAUGAAUAUGGUAAUUUGAAUCAACCCAAGUGGGGUCAUCUCAAGAAUCUUCAUUUCAUCAUCAAAUCAAUGGAGACAGUUCUUACGUAUGGUAAUAUAGAAACGAUGAAUUUCGGUAAUGGAGUUGAGGCCACGAUGUACACUACUAAUGAUAACUCCAGCUGCUUCUUGAGUAAUUAUAAUCAAUCAGUAGAUGCAACAAUCACUUUCCAAGAAAAAAAAUACUUUUUACCUGCAUGGUCUGUCAGCAUUCUUCCUGAUUGUGAUCAAGUCGUCUACAACACUGCAAUUGUAAACACUCAAACAUCUGUGAUGGUUAAGAAGUCAAACAUGGCUGAAAAUGAGCCCGAGAAGCUAAAUUGGGUAUGGCGUCCUGAGGAUAUAAACGAUUCUCUCAAAGGCAAAGGUUCGUUUACUGCAAAUAGCCUUCUUGAACAAAAAAUAGCGACAUCCGACGCAAGUGAUUAUUUAUGGUACAUGACCAGUGUGAACAUUAGCAAGAACGAUCCAUUCUUUAAUAAACAGGUUACACUGCGUGUUAAUACAAUGGGUCAUGGUCUUUACAUCUAUUUCAAUGGGGAGUUAGUAGGAUCAAAAUAUGCUACGGGUGGAAAAUACAAAUUUGUGUUUGAAGUACCAAUCAAGAUGAAAUCCAAAACGAAUUACAUUACCCUACUGAGUGUUACAGUUGGAUUAAAGAAUUACGGUCCACAUUUUGAUUUGGAACCUGUUGGGAUUGCGGGCGGACCCGUUCAACUAAUCGGUAGUGGAAACAUUACAAAGGACUUGUCAAACAACGCAUGGACGUAUAAGGUUGGACUGAAUGGUGAGGACACACAAAUCUACAAUGAUUUCUCACAUCAACUUGAAUGGCAUUCAGAUGAUAUUCCUAUCAAGAGGCCUAUGACUUGGUACAAGACAACAUUCAAGGCUCCUUUGGGAUUAGAACCUGUGGUGGUGGACUUGCAAGGCUUGGGAAAAGGCCAAGCAUGGGUAAAUGGUCACCACAUUGGGAGGUAUUGGCCCACCUUCAUGUCACCAUCAUAUGGUUGCGAGGAAUGUGAUUAUCGCGGAGCAUAUGGUCCAAGCAGAUGCGAAACUAAUUGCGGCGAGCCCACACAAAGAUGGUACCAUGUGCCUAGAUCAUACCUCCAAACAGAUAAUAACACAUUAAUCUUGUUGGAGGAAGCAGGCGGCAAUCCGACGAUGGUUAAUUUCCAAACAGUCACUAUUGGGACUGUUUGUGCAAAUGUUAAUGAGGGGAAAACAUUAGAAUUAUCAUGCCAAGGCGGUCGGGCCAUUUCUGAAGUCCAAUUUGCUAGCUUUGGGGACCCCGAAGGCACUUGCGGGUCAUUCCGGAAAGGCACUUGUGAGGCUGUUGAUGCUCUUUUGGUGGUACAAAAGGCAUGUGUGGGACAAGCAAGCUGUUCGGUGGAUGUUUCAGAGAGCAUGUUGGGGCCGAGCAAUUGCGAUAGCAGCAUCAGCAAGAGGCUUGCGGUCCAAGCUAUUUGUUAGUGUAAUCAUUUUAAUGACUUUUUAAUAAUAAAAUGUAUUUUAUUUAGUUUAAUUGUUAUAGUAGGAAUUUUAUUUGAGAUUUUACAUUA